AUGUCCAAGAGGAAAGCCAAGCUCCCCACCCAACCUCUCCUGGCUGCCCCUGGCUCCAUUCCCCCCUCUUGUGAUGCUUCACCGUUUGCAGAGCAACUUGCAGAUGAUGAUGUUGCCAAGUAUGGCAGUGACCUUGGUAUUGAUCCCACACAGGUUCUUGUUGGUAUACCUGCACACCUUGCACCUACCCUCACAAUGCCCCAUCCACUUCCAGAGCCACUCUACGUCCCAGAGCGCCAGGUACCACUCCUGCCCAUUGAUCUUGAUGCAUUCCCAUCUGGCAAACGCGCCAAGAUCAAGGCUAAGCAACAGCUUAAGCUCAGGGAUCUCAAGCCGAUUGAUAAUGUGGUUGUGUCAUCUGCUAUUAGCCAAUUUGGGGCACUCCUUGUAGCUGUGUGUGGCUUUCCCAAUGCUGACACUGCGUGGUUACUUGCCUGUAACGCCAAUCAUUGGGCAUCAAAGAAACAUGGGCGCCAUCUCAAGUUAACUAAGGGAUUGGAAUAUCUCAAGUUGCUAUAUGAUUGUAUCCCACAGAUGCAAGCCAGUUUUGUUGGGCCAAAGGCCGCAACCAAUGUGGCAUUAGCCUACAAGCUCAAAAUUGCAUCCGGUAAAGCUGAGAUCAAGGCAAAUAGCAACAAGGUCAAGCUCCUCCUCAAAGAUGCAAAUUUUACUCUUAUGUCAUUGGACAGCUGUGGUGGAAUGUACAAACAUAGUGUUUUUAGAGAGAUUUUGAAGAAUAGUCUAUUUCGAUCCGCUGACGCAACCAGGGUUGCUCACAACAACCUCUUCAAUACCAUUUCCCUUCCUUGUAUGGCACUUACAGCUGCUGCGGUUGAGAAAGUGCUCAGGAGCUACAAGUCUGGAACACAGGUAGAUAAUAAGUUCAACGCAAACGAUUUUAUGCCUGUUUAUUUUUCGCACUUGGCAACAUUGGCUGCAAUUUACAACCUCGACAAAGCCCAGAACCAGCUGAUCGAUCAUCUUCAGGAAAUGGCCGAUGAAUUGCGGAAACCGUAUCGAGAUCUUAUUCAAUCGCAAACCGUGCGACACGUUCGCCCACUAGUUCCACAGGCCCUGAUUGCCGCAAGGUACCGUGCCACAGCUGCGCCUAAGACUACGUCAAGCACAGCCGUUGGUCCCUUGAAACGUCACUCAAAAAAUCCUCCACCCGCCCUCACCCAAGAGUUGGUAUAUAGAGUCCAAAUGCAGCUUGGGGUCCCCCACGCUGUUUUGGUCUCUAGCACUCCCGAAUCGGAAGUUGUCAAUGCUAUAUACGACGCCUCUCAAGCCGACCGCAAGGUUAACUCGGAAAACCUUAGUGGGUUACUGGCUCAGGUGGCUGGCAGCUCCGAUUCCGAGGUUCAAGCCAUGCGAGCUGGUGCACUUGAACCUCAUACGACUGCGGGCUUGACGAUUUCGAACCCAACCGACUGCGAUAGCAGUGACGAGGAUGCCGAUUUGGCAAAUUCUGUGGCCACAGGGCAGCGGGAUGUGCGUGGGGGUCAGACCAAAGGCGCGCCAGCAGGUAGGGAGCCCACUCUCAGCGGCAAUGAGUCGGAAGACAGCGGCGACGAAACCGAUGGAAACAGUGCGGCGGGCCUCGUUGAUGUGACUAUGAAGACAGCCGGUGGUGCUAGCGAAUCCGAUGAAUCUGACGAAUCCGACGAAUCCGACGAGUCCGACGAGUCCGACGAGGAGAAAGAGAUCGAUGGAGACAAGAAGACGGGCAAGAAGAAGCAGGACGAGGAGGACGAGGAAGACGAGAGUACGGAGGACGAUGGUGGCUAG